AACAAAAAGAUUUUUUAGUGCUUGCAGCAAAAAUGCUGAUGUAACUUUAAACCAGGAGGAGCAAUGUUAUGGCUUCCUCACUCUGGGAAUUGGACUAAAGGUGACUUAGUUUUAAAGGCAACUAGAAAAGGCAUUAAUUCUAUUAAUUAAUGCAUCAGCGGUUUCCAUCUCAGCAAAGAUGUCUUAAUGAGGGGCUCGGGGCACCCAUUAUUUAUCUUACAAAUGCAGCUCCAGGGUCCUGACCGUGCCAGGCAGUGUAACACACAUCCCCGCGGAGGGCUGGCGCUGCAGAAGCUCACGGUCCACCCCCUCCUGCCCACACCCGGCCUCACCCUCCCCUUCUCUUCGAGGAUGACCUCUGUCCCAGUCCCACGGACCCCGAUUCCUCCACGAUCUGGCCCCUCCCCCCAUACGUUGCAUUCCAGGACUCCCGCAAAGGAAUCACUUCAGCCUGGACUGCAAACCGCACUCCUACACCUCACUGUGGGCACCUUGGGGGUGUCCUCCAACAUCCCCGCCCCGCCCUCUCUCUCGUGGCCUCCUUUCUUUCGAGCUGAUGAGGAACUGGGGACCCAGAGUCGGCCUGUGUGAGGCCCGUACAGGUGGCUCCCGCAGUCUUUAGAGGCACAGGGUCGGUCUCCCCAGGCCGACCUGGUAAAAUUCCUGCAUCUCCUGCAGGCCGCCCUUCUCCGGCUUGGCCGGGACCAGCCUCUGGACCCCGGGCUCCUAGCCCGCGAGCACCAGGAGCUGUCCGCGGUGCUGACCGCAGGCGCUUCCCGCGCUCGGCCGAUGCGCACGCGUCCCGGGAGGGGCGCGCGGGACCCGCCGGCGCCGCCACUGCGCAGCCUCCCGCGGGCUCCCCGCCCGGCGCAGCCUCCCGCGGCCUCCCCGCCGCCGCUCUCGCCCGGGCCGGCCAUGGCGCUCAACAAUUUCCUUUUCGCGCAGUGCGCCUGCUACUUCUUCGCCUUCCUGUUCAGCUUCGUGGUGGUGGUCCCGCUGUCCGAGAACGGCCACGACUUCCGCGGCCGCUGCCUGCUCUUCACCGAGGGCAUGUGGCUGAGCGCCAACCUCACGGUGCAGGAGCGCGAGCGCUUCACGGUGCAGGAGUGGGGCCCACCGGCCGCCUGCCGCUUCAGCCUGCUCGCCAGCCUCCUGUCUCUGCUGCUGGCCGCCGCGCACGCCUGGCGCACGCUCUUCUUCCUCUGCAAGGGACACGAGGGCUCCUUCUUCUCCGCCUUCCUGAACCUCCUGGUCAGCGCCUUCGUGGUCUUCCUGGUCUUCAUUGCCAGCACCAUCGUGAGUGUGGGCUUCACCAUGUGGUGCGACACCAUCACCGAGAAGGGCACCGUAGCCCACAGCUGUGAAGAGCUUCAGGACAUCGACUUGGAGCUGGGUGUGGACAACUCCGCCUUCUACGAUCAGUUUGCAAUUGCCCAGUUUGGCCUCUGGGCCUCAUGGCUGGCCUGGCUGGCCAUCACCACGCUGGCCUUCCUGAAGGUGUACCACAACUACCGUCAGGAGGACCUGCUGGACAGCCUGAUCCACGAGAAGGAGCUGCUGCUGGCCCGGCCAUCCCCACGCACCUCCUUCCAAGAGGAGAAGAGCGCUGUCAUUUAGGCACCGCGCAGGCAGGGGA